AUGUUGAUCAUGUUUCUUCAUUCAUUUGGUAGUUUGAUAUCAACCAGAUGACACGAUCUGGCGGAUUUAGCUUAGGAGGAACUUUUCAAUCUAACCUUCAGCAACAGCAACUGCAUACUACUACAGCCCAUAGUGGUGAGCUGCCUUUUGCCACUGGAAACACUCAAGACCUACGUUCACAUGACUCUGAUUUCUUUCCUUCUCAUGGUAAUUAUCAUUCACAGCAAUUACCGCCUGAUCUAUUUGGCAUGCUUGGAUUAUUGAGUGUUAUUAAUAUGAAUGAUCCAGAUCUAACAUCUCUUUCAUUGGGAAUUGAUUUAACAACAGUAGGACUGAGCUUGAGCUCAACAGAUAGUCUUUAUAAAACAUUUGGUUCUCCAUGGUCUGAUGAGCCUGCCAAGGGGGAGCUUGAGUAUUGCAGUCCAACAUGUUAUUAUGCCAAAACACCACCACCUCUACAUCAACUACAUUUCUCCAAAUUUCAGCUAUCAACCCUGUUUUACAUCUUCUACAAGUGCUACUUACCAACAACUUAUGGACAAAGUGUUCUGAAAGCAGAUCAGGUGGAAUAUGGAAGUUUAUGUGGACAACAUCUUUAUCAAAUCCCUCUGGGCGACUGA